AUGCCUUUCAUCAUGGUCAACUGGUUGCCCAAGGCUUGCAGGAACGCUGCUGUCAGGAAGGAGGUGGCGGAUGCUAUCAUCAAGGCAGUGACGUCAGUGAAGAGCGCCGACAUCUCCCCGGACAAGGUUGUGGUCAGGUUCGCCGAGGCCGUGGACGGGUUUCCCUUGCCCGCUGGGCAUACGCAUCUCAACGUCAACGAGCCCGUGAAGGAGGAGAAGAAGUGA